AUUUUUUGAAAACAAUCUCAUAUAGUUUUUUCUAAGUUUUAUCGGUAUUAAACAAAAGGGAUAAAAUAACCGUCAAUAUCUGUAAAUAUUCGAAAUAUCUGUAACUUUUUAGAUAUUCAAAAAACUGAAUAUCCGUAUUUUUUGGAACAAGAUAAAUAAAAAAAUCAAAUAUCUGUUAACUACAAAGUAAUCAUAAAUACUGAAAAUUAUGAUACUAUACGUUAUGUGCUCACCCAAAACCAUAUAUUCUGUUAAAGACAAUUAAAAGUAUUAACAGAAUUCUCAUGGUACAUUUAUUUUCAUUCGUUUUUAUCAUUUGCUUGUAUAACUAUACAAAAAUUUUGGUCACAAAAACUAAACCACGAAAAGAUUAACCAUAUAUAAGUGACAACAAACUAUUUCAUUAGGAAACUAAAAGAUGGAUCCUAAAAGUAUAAAUUAACAUCAUAUAAAGACAAAAGGUAUAUAAAGAUAUAUCAUAUAUAUAACAAGUUUUAAAUAAAAUAAGUUUCUUCGCGUUCCAAAAAAAUAAAAAUAAAACAAGUCUUCCAUUAGAAUAUUAUAUAUAUACACAUUUUGAGAUACAGACUCUCCACCAUGAUAUAUUGACCGCUCUUUUUAUUAAUUCAGCAAUUUCUUCUCGCAAUUAUCGAGGGACACAACUCAAAACUUUAGCAAAGCCCUAGUUGUUACGAUGAGAAUCACAAAGAACGUCAAGAUCUUACUCUUCUUUUCCUUCAUCUCUCUCCUCCUCAUCGCCGUAUCAGCUGGUGAAUCUAAGUGCGAGUGUUUACACGAAGAAGACGAAGGAAACAAAGCCGGAGCCACGAAAUACAAGAUCGCCGCCAUACCUUCCGUUCUCGUGGCCGGAGUUAUCGGCGUUCUCUUACCGUUGCUAGGAAACUUCUUUCCGUCGUUAAAACCGGAGACGAACUUCUUCUUCGUGACAAAAGCCUUCGCCGCAGGAGUAAUCCUGGCCACGGGGUUUAUGCACGUGCUGCCUGAAGGCUACGAGAAGCUUACUGACCCUUGUCUGAAAGGAGAAGCUUGGGAGUUUCCGUUCACUGGGUUCAUUGCGAUGGUCGCAGCUAUUUUAACUCUCUCCGUUGACUCUUUUGCCACGUCAUAUUUUCAUAGACUGCAUAAUAAGACGUCUAAGAAGAUCGGUGACGGUGAAGAACAAAUUGGUGGUGGUGGCGGUGGCGGUGGCGGUGGUGGAGAUGAGCUCGGGUUGCACGUGCAUGCUCAUGGUCACGCGCACGGAAUUGUCGGUGUGGAUUCUGGUGAUUCCGAGGUUCAGCUUCACCGUACUCGAGUUGUGGCCCAGGUGUUGGAGGUGGGAAUAAUAGUACACUCAGUGGUGAUAGGAAUAUCACUGGGAGCAUCACAGAGUCCAGAUACUGCCAAAGCUCUCUUUGCUGCUUUAAUGUUUCAUCAAUGCUUCGAAGGUCUUGGCCUUGGUGGUUGCAUCGCUCAGGGAAAAUUUAAUUGUAUGUCGAUAACAAUAAUGUCGAUAUUUUUUUCUGUAACGACACCAAUCGGAAUAGCAGUUGGAAUGGGAAUAGCAAGCUCUUAUAAUGAGUCGAGCCAGACGGCUCUGAUCGUUCAAGGAGUGCUCAACGCUGCAUCAGCAGGGAUCCUCAUCUAUAUGUCUCUCGUUGAUUUUCUCGCAGCUGAUUUUAUGCACCCUAAGAUGCAAUCUAACACUGGGCUUCGAAUUAUGGCCCAUAUCUCUCUUCUUAUCGGUGCUGGAAUUAUGUCACUCUUAGCUAAAUGGGCUUAAAAUUAGCAAAAAAAGAAAAGAAAACAUUACACUUAUAGUUUAUUGUUUGUUAAUACGAGAUGUUUCCUAAUAUAUAGAGAUUUAGAAUGUUUUAUAGUGCUAAAAAUGCUGUUUAUAGUGUUAAAGUAUAUUUGUAAACAAAUUUUCAGGUGUAGUCUGUUAGUUAAAAAGAUAGUGUAAUAAAGUGUAUUAAUAAAAUGUAUGAUAACCUUUUUGUUUUAA